GACACCUGGUUUCACAGAGACCGGUUCUUCCACCGAGAGGAGACAUGGGUUACUUCUACUUCUCCGCUGAGACAUGGACCCUGCUGGUGGCCUUUGUCACUCUGCUCCUCGUAUACGCCUACUGGCCAUAUGGGACUUUCAAGAGAUUAGGGAUCUCAGGUCCCAAACCCGUCCCAUUUUUUGGUACAAUGCUGCAUUAUCGAAGGGGGUUCUUCACCUUCGACGAAGAAUGCAAAAAGAAAUACGGGAAGGUAUGGGGCAUCUACGACGGGCGCCAGCCUGUGCUGUGUGUCACAGAUCCUGAAAUCAUAAAGGCGGUCCUGGUUAAGGAAUGCUUGUCUUUCUUCACCAACCGCAGGAACUUCCAUCUGAAUGGGCCGCUGUAUGAUGCCUUGUCCGUUGCUGAAGAUGACCAGUGGAAAAGGAUCCGCAGUGUCCUGUCUCCUUCCUUCACCUCCGGGAAACUAAAAGAGAUGUUUGAAAUCAUGAAGAAUCAUUCUGCGAACCUGAUCCGCAGCAUGAAAAAGAAGGCAGACAAGGACGAACCAUUAGAUCUGAAGGAAUUCUUUGGAUCGUACAGCAUGGAUGUGGUAACCAGCACGGCCUUCAGUGUAGACAUCGACUCGCUGAACAACCCAUCAGACCCGUUUGUGACGAACAUCAAGAAGAUGUUGAAGUUUGACUUCUUAAACCCCCUCUUCCUCGCCGUCGCUUUCUUUCCCUUCCUUGGUCCCAUACUUGAAAAAUUUGAAUUAUCAUUCUUCCCCAAAUCUGUGACCGACUUCUUUUACGCUUCUCUGGAAAAGAUCAAGUCCAAUCGUGAAGCCAGCCAGCAGAAGAGUCGAGUAGAUUUUCUCCAACUGAUGAUUGAUUCCCAAAAGAACAGCGGGGCACAACAGGACAAAAGUUUAACUGACCAUGAGAUCCUCUCUCAAUCCAUGAUUUUCAUUUUUGCUGGUUAUGAGACAAGCAGCAGCUCUCUCACUUUCUUGGCUUACAAUCUGGCUACGAAUCCAGAGGUCAUGAAAAAACUCCAGGAGGAGAUCGAUGCUACCUUCCCCAACAAGGCUCCUGUUCACUAUCAGCCCUUGAUGGAGAUGGAGUACCUGGACUGCGUCAUCAAUGAGUCUCUCCGACUGUUCCCCAUCGCCGCGCGUCUGGAGCGUGUGGCCAAAGCAGCCGUGGAGAUAAAUGGCGUCGUGAUUCCAAAGGACAUGGUUGUCAUGAUACCUACAUGGCCUCUGCACCGGGACCCUGAGAUCUGGCCUGAACCGGAGGCGUUCAAACCUGAGAGAUUCAGCAAGAAAAACAAGGACAACAUUGAUCCAUACAUAUACAUGCCCUUCGGAUCGGGGCCAAGGAACUGCAUUGGGAUGAGAUUUGCUCUGGUGUUGAUAAAACUGGCGGUGGUGGAGAUCCUGCAGCAAUACAGUUUCUCUGUUUGUAAAGAGACUGAGGUCCCAUUUGAGAUGGAUAUCCAGGGUCUGCUCGCACCCAAAAGACCCAUCCAACUGAAGCUGGUGCCUCGCUCCUAAUCGUCCAGCAAAAGAAAUAUGUCAAAAUGGCAGAUUUUGAUGUGUUUGUUAUGUGAAAUUUCCCUUUCUAUGCUGUAAAUAAAAUUGGCAGAAACAGUUUUAGCAUUGUAUCUCUCUGUAUCUACAUCCUGAACUGAGUGUUUAUAAUUUUAGUUACCAAUAUACCCGUGCGUUCCUUUAUUAAUAUAUAUAUAUUUACAUUUUAUUUAAUCGUUACUACUAAUAAUUUUACUUAAUUUUUCACAUUUUAUUCAAAUAAAACUUGUACGUUUAAAGAGAGUAAAGCUUACACACUGAGGUUCCCCACAUGUGGGGAUUUCACGUUAGGAAGGCUUAUUCAUGUUUUUAUUUUUUCUCAUGCGACUUUAAUAUUUUGUCUUCAUCAGACUUUAAGAAAGUGUGGGAAAUCUGUUUGAUAUAUGUUUACACUUAGACUGAACAAUUGUACCACCUUGUAAAGGUUAUAUUUUUGUCCUGAUAUAUAAAAUAUAAUAACAUACAAA